AUGGGUCCGGAGUCAGUGGACCUGAGCUUCAGCCUGCCCAAUGAGAUCGUUGCUUCAACAAACGAGCAACCGAAGGCAAAGCGUAGAGCUCGCGAUAACGACUUUGCCACCGCGGCGAAGAAUGCGAAGGCGGACACGACUCAGUCACAGGUUGAUGAAUAUUUCCCUCAGGGUGCAGAGUCUUCCGCAGCCAAUCGUGCCGGCCAGCCAGAAGUCGUUGACCUGACGGAGAGCCCAACACCGGCCCGUACCUUCGUGCCUGAGCAGCGCCACACCCGAGAGACGCACACAGCUCGUCUUGGUAUCGAAACACUUUUCCAGGCAGCUGAAUCGUCUUCACCUUCAUCUAGCAGUGGUACCCAGCAGCGAAGAAGAUCCCAGCGCAUAGCCAACCUGAACUCUACGGCGAACAGGCGCAGAACUGCGACCCCGGGGUUCUCACAAUCACAAGCAGACGUGUUAAACCAGCUGCAGGAUACCGGAAGUGUGGACACCAUUGCCACGCUCCCUGCAGGAACACGCAUUCGCGUCAGAGCUGAAGUCAUCAAGGAUGAAGACGGCUCGGUCGUUCCCGAAGUCAAGGUUGAGGACUGA